GUAAGAGCUUCAAGUUGAAAUGGCCGGAUAGCAGAAAGCAGUUUUCUUUCCUUCUGACCAUGCUUUAAACAGACAGGCUAUGUAGUUUCUAUUUAGGUUUUAAAAGAAGGGAGGUGGGCUGCAAGAAUUUGAGGGAUGUUGAAAAGAAGAAGAAAAAAAAAAGCCCUGCCAGUGACCUAGUCAUUUUAAACUCCUGUAACCCGAGAAGUGGGACAAUUCUGCCUUGAGAAACAGCCUGUUUUUAAUAUUUUAAUGACGCAUCAGUUUUAUCAAGUAUUUUAUGUGAAUAAUGACUAUGGGUGAACUGCUUAAACUGAAGCCAAUUGGGGUGUUCUGGGACAUAGAAAACUGCUGUGUUCCACGCAACAGGUCAGCACUUUGCGUUGUCCAGAAAAUAAGAGACUACUUCUUCUCUGGAUAUCGUGAAGCUGAGUUCAUGUGUGUCUGUGACAUCAACAAGGAAAGUAAACAGAUCAUACAAGAACUUAACUCUGCCCAGAUUAAUGUUGUACACAUUGAUGCCGUUAGCAAGAAUGCAGCAGAUGACAAACUGCGACAAAGUAUGCGUCGAUUUUCUGAUGCAUAUUCACCACCUGCCUCUGUUGUGCUGAUAUCAAGUGACAUAAACUUUUCAUCUGACCUCUCUGAUUUAAGACACCGUAAGAAUUUCCAGGUUAUUCUCAUACAUGGCCCAAUGGUGCAUGAUGCUCUUCUCGCUUGUGCUAAUGAGACCUACUUGUUUGAUGAUCUGGUCAGAGAUCUGCCCUUCAGAACCCUCUCAAAGGAUGGUAAUGGUUUACUGGAGGUGAUGGUAACUGGCCUGCCACAAGGACGAGAGUCAAACAAAAUCAAACACCGGCUCAAGCAGCUCUCAGCAAAUUGUGGGGGGCGUGUAGUCAGGAUCACAGCUGACUAUGCGCUUCUUAAAUUUCAAAGCAAAGAUGCAGCUUUUAAGGCUAAGAAAAGAAUGGAUGGUGAGGAUGUGUAUGGCUGUAAGAUAAGUGUGGACUUUGCUGCAGCUAUUGAAGCUCUACCUGUUAAACCUGGAACACAGCCAAAUGUAAAUCGCCCAGAGUACAACACGACACAUCCUGUGCAUGUUCCCUACCCCCAGAGCCCGUGUAGGUACAGACCCAGCAAACCUACCACCUACUACAGACCCUCGUACACUGCUCCCAUCACGGAACCGCCAUACUUGGACAGGGGAGGUAGCUAUUACAACAGGCACUCCCCGAACUGCCACCAGCAGCGUACGCCGCCCAAAUCCUACCCAACUAAACCACUGUAUGAAAUGUUCAAGCGCCCGCUGUACCAGGAGGAGCCCUACAAGCCAGAGCAUGACCCAAACCACCCCAGUAUAGGCAGCACAGGUGUAGACAGUUUCUACAACCAUCAUGUAUACCCUAGCUUUGAGCCCAACUACCAACACGGUCACAAUUACAACAGUUACCAUGGUAGUGAGCACCAACAGAGCAGUUGGCCUCCUUCCCCAGACUCCAGGAACGGCUAUCCUGGGCGGAGAAGUCCUCGUGCUAGCCCAUAUUACCACCCCUUCAGAACUCCCUUCUCUCCCUACUUUCAGGAGCCUCUCUUUAACCGUUACUCUCCGGUCUACCCUCCAGAGACUGGGUUCCAGCCUAUCCGCUAUCCAACUCCUCCCCCGCGCCCCUCAAGUGCUCCCACAGUGGACAACACCUCAUCGUCGUACUACACAGAUGCUAAUGGGCCUGUAGAACUAGCAGUCAGUAACCUGGACUACAACAUCACAGCCAAGGAGUGGAGGAAAAUCCUCUUCACAACGUUCCAUCCUCAGGUCAAGGUGCUGAAUGUGUACGUGAAGACCCAGCCAGACAACACCAGCAUUGGCAUGGUCAAAGUGCCCAGUGUGGAGGAGGCUAGGUUUGCCAUCUCGCAGUUCCACAGGAAAAAGAUAGGCUACAAAAGGAUUCAUGUGGCUCUUAAGAAUGAGGAUAGUCAGCAGACAGCCACUAACAUCAGGGCCGAGGCCACGGCACUACUGAUGGAAGCUAAGGGACAUGUUCUUCCACUUUUUAAAUUCAUUGAACUUUUUGACAAAAGAUAUCAUCGUUCCAUCAGUGUGUGCGAGUUGUAUAAAAUGAAAGACAUCAUAGAUAUCCGUGAGCAGGGUGGUGCUGGUAGGAUGGUGUAUCUGUUGGAGGAUGUCCGCAGUACCCCCUCCCCGCAGGAUAAUGCAGACAUGGAGAUUCAAGAAAUCCUUGAAGUGCCUGUAUGUCUGAUCCAUUGUCCCGAAGGCAGCACUGGUUAUGUAGAGGCCCUCAACUGCACCAUGCUGCCCAACGUCAACAUUCAAAUGAAGACAUUCGCAGCUCAGGUUCAUACUAUGUUACAGUCACAUGAAGGCAACAUGGCACUCAUGAGCUUCGUGGCCUGCUAUGAGGCGGAGUUCUCCCCCCUUGAUCCCUGUGAGGAUGGUGGUGUUCCCUUGGAGCAUCUCAUCAGCUGUGUACCAGGUACUCAGAUUGUCAUGUCAAAAACCGGUGUCAAGAAGGUGCAGUGGAUGGAGAACAAACCCAUUCUCCCCAAUGGUAUCCUGACUGACCUACCAGACGUGCUGCGAGCAUCUAGCAGUCCUUUAUUGACUCAACAGAUGAGUCAGAUCAGUCGUGAGAUCGUGGACCUCCUCAAGCAUCAUCCACAAUGUCGUAUGCCUUUUAGCAAGUUCAUCCCUGCUUACCACCACCACUUUGGACGGCAGUGCAGGGUGGCAGACUAUGGGUAUACUAAGCUAUAUGAGCUGUUUGAUGCUCUACCACAUGUACUGCAGGUGAUGGGGACAGGAGAUCGACGGAUUCUUACCCUUAGCCACAGAGCCCAGGUAAGACGGUUCACCACAGACCUGCUGAGGAUACUCAAGGCUCAUUCUGCUAAACAGAUCCAGCUCUCUGACCUGGCAGAAUGCUAUGAGAAGGUGAUUGGUAAGCCGCUGGAUAUUUGUGAGUAUGGAAUGUGUUGUCCUGAAGACCUGCUUACAGAAAUUCCUGCUACAACAAUUCUGACCAGCUACACAGAAGCAGGAACGAUUUUGGCUAUUCCUCGGCGAGAUCAAACUUCUGAGGAAGUGGAGCGUACCAAACAGUUCUCCCUGGAGGUUGUGGAUCUGCUCAAGCAUAACCCACAGUGUCGUAUGCCAUUCAACAAGUUCAUUCCUGCCUAUCAUCACCACUUCGGGCGCCAGUGUCGGGUCUCGGACUAUGGCUUUGCUAAACUCAUUGAACUGUUUGAGGCUAUUCCACAUGUGGUGGAGCUUGAAGAUGAAGGGGAGGAGCGGUUUGUGAGACUGACAGAGCCAGAGCUAAAGAAGGUCUUGUCCGAGCAGGUGGUCAAGUUGUUGGGGCUUCAGUACAAUGGUCAGCUCUCCCUGGACAACUUCUACAGGGUCUUCACCUGCCACUUUGGCUUCACUCUGCGUCUGCGGGAUUUCAAAGCUUCAUCCAUUAAAGAACUGCUGGCUCAGCUGAAGCAUGUGGUUCGGAUUGAUGUUCAAGAUGGUGUCGAGUAUGUGGUUCUGUGUCGUCAAAGUCACUUCCCCAAACUAGCCAGACAGAUUCUCCAGCUGUUGAUGAACCAGAGCAGUGGUAGUCUCCCCUUGGUGGAGCUCUGUAGUCGGUACAAGACCAGCUUUGGUACAGACUGUGAUGUGGGUCAGAUCAGAGAGGAACUCCUUGACUUUGUUCAGGUGACUGGCGGGGAAGAGUCUGCAGUUAUCAGUCUCACACCACUACAGAUAUUUGCCAGAGAUGUCAGAAUUCUCCUCAAAGCUCACAAUGGCAAAAUCCUGUUGCACAUGUUCGAGUCAACUUUCCAGGACCACUUUGGUGUGGAGAUCAAGCCGGCCCUGUAUGGAUUCCCCACAGUGGUGGAUCUGCUGGCAGCCAUUCCCCAUGUGGUGCUGCUGAGGGGCAGGGGACAGAGCAGAUUGGCCAUGUUGUCACAUGAUAUGCAGGAUGUUCCCCCUAUCUGUGGUUCCCCACCACUUAACUUCCUAUCCAGUCCUCCCAAACUGAUGGUCAUUUCUCCCCCCAGAGAGCCUCAGCCCAGCAGAACCCCCUCCAAAUCACCCUCCAAUGACUCUGGUGUCAUGGAUACUCAAGAAGAGAGCAACCAAAAAAUAGAUGUAAAGGUUGCCUCCCCUGUUGAUCUUCUGUCUGGCCCAGUUCCUUCUGCCAUACCAUCUCCGGAGUUACGGCCUGGUGAUGUUCGUAAAGAUCUCAUGAGAUUUGAAUCCCCAAUAGAUGAGACAGAGUUGCUAUGGCAGCUGACUGAUGAAGAGAAGAAAGGACAGAAAACUCCUUUAUGUAAAACUCCAACGUCUGAGUUACUUCAUUUUGCUGCCCAAUGUCUUCAGCCUGAUGGUUCGGAAGAGAUUGUAGAAGCUGGGCUCCACGAGAACCCAGUGACCCAGUCAGGUGGUUUCCGUAGGACACUGCCGAGUCAUUCCACACCAACAGGACAGGACAAAUAUGAAGGCAAAAUCUCUGAGCUGGAGAAAAGCGGCGAUGACACGGUACAAGAGUUGUCCGAGGCUUUCUCCAAAGGCUGGUGGAAGGAGAGUGGACAAUCAACUGGCAAGGACGAGAGAGAAAUCAUGGACACCACGGCAGAUUCUCUAAACAUAUCGGCAGUGAAGGGGGAGACCCUGCCCUUCUCCUCUUACCUGCGUGUGGACGCUGGCAAUGGUGGUGAGGGUUUGAGUGAAGCCAAAUCAACGACCGCCUCCUCACCAUGCGGGGACUCGGGCAUCAGGAGCCAGGACGUCUCGGAAAGCUCAUUCCAGGACGACAAUCCUGUGGAGACGAGCUCUAUGAAGUCAGAUCAGAGCAUAGGCAUGACCCACCUCAACAUUACUCCUAAAACCUCUCCCAGAAAAUCACCUCGUAAACCACGAAUAGCAGCAAAGUUCCUGGUGCCUAUUGAUUCCACUUAACAUUAUUCUAAGAAAACUAUUUCGCAAGAUGGGACCCUGUUUUAUGCAGUUUCAUGUCUCUACUUACAAACUAAAUGACAAUUUUUCAUAGUUUUCCCUAAGUGCUUAUUUGUUUUUUUUUUCUUUUUUACUUUUGUUUUUUUUUUUGUUUGAAACGGUUGUUGAAUGUUGCAUGAGAAGAUGCAUGGAAGAAAUAGAUUCUGAUUUGUGGACUUACGAAUUGUAUACUAUGUGCAACAUUUUUCAUUUGGAUUAAGUUUUAGGUUUAGUAGUUGAGAAACUAAUUUGUAAAUGUUUACCAUGACUUAAAACACUCAUGGGACUUUUGAUAUAAGAAAAUAUACAAAAACAACUUUUUGAAAUAUUUUUCAAUUAAUCACUGAAAGUGUACCUUGUCUAGGUAAAUUACAACUAGGGUUAAAUUGAAAAAAAAACAAUAGUAAAGACUUAGGUCUUGCAUGUCCUUAAAUGACAUGGUAAAUGAAGAAAAUUCAUUAUGCACCAAAGUUUGCAUCCUCCGAUAAUGUAUUGAGGUUUUUGUAGUGGUAUACUUGAUAUGUAUUGUUUUGGUGUUCUGCUUAAAAAAAUAACCUUAUUAAAGGUUGAUGGCUACUAAAGUUGAUUUAUGGCAUUAACUGUUAGGCUUAGCAGUGUGAAAAUGAAUUUUGUUUUUAGCUUAACAUUCUGGUAAAUUAAACAUGAUGUUCAUUUCAAUUUGAUUGUAUAAUAUUUAUGGAUCAGUUUUUGUUCUUUCCUUGUAAAAUUUAUGAAUUGAGUUUUACUUUUGUGCAUACUACUGUCCCGCAUGAUUUCUUUUGUAGUAUUGGGACUUUGUGUGAGUUGGUCACUUUGUUUUUGACCUUAUCAGGUUAGGGAGGAUCUGAUAAACUUUCAGGUCAGUUACUCUGGUACUGGCAACUGGUCGAAGCCUUACUAGUCAGCUGUACUACUGACUAGGGGGAUGCUGGGUACGCAAGUAUGCCAUAGAUCCCUUCAAGGUGGACCAGUUUGCAAUGAGCUCGCAUAUCCCACAGACAUUUUUUUUCCUUUAGUUUUUU